GCCGAAACAAACAAACAAGAUACAACCUCGAAUCCUUCGUUCGACAAAUCACGAGUAGUCAGAUCUAGAUGUAGCAGCCACUUAACUGAACCUUCAUCACUCUCGCAUUAUCAUCUUCAUCUCCCUGGUCCAAUCCCCAUCACACACAAAAUGCAAGCUGCACUGUCAGCCAUGGCCGCCCAAAUCAUCAUCCUCUCUCCUCCUCAGUUCUCCCCAAACAUUCACCACCCAACACCUCUCCUCGGCUCCUCCUUCCUCCACGGCGCCUCCCUCAAGCUCCCCACCCAAUCUAUGACCCUCUCAGUUUCCGCCAAACCACUCACUGUCGUCGCCUCCACCAAGAGAGCCGUAGCCGUCCUCAAGGGAAACUCAAAAGUCGAAGGCGUUGUUACGUUGGCCCAAAAAGACGACGGUCCAACAACAGUCAAUGUUCGUGUUACUGGGCUUACUGCGGGGCCUCAUGGAUUUCACCUACAUGAGUUUGGGGACACGACAAAUGGGUGCAUCUCAACCGGAGCACAUUUCAACCCUAAGAACCUGACACAUGGUGCUCCUGAGGAUGAAGUCCGUCAUGCGGGUGACCUGGGAAACAUAGUUGCCAAUGCCGAUGGGGUGGCAGAGGCAACAAUUGUGGAUAGCCAGAUACCAUUAAGUGGCCCUAAUGCGGUUAUCGGAAGAGCCUUAGUGGUCCAUGAACUUGAGGAUGACCUAGGAAAGGGUGGACAUGAACUUAGUCUGACCACUGGCAAUGCAGGUGGAAGAUUGGCAUGUGGUGUGGUUGGUUUGACACCCGUGUAAUGGCAACUCUUGUUUCUAGAGCAGUCUGUUGAGUGGAAUUGGCUGCUUGCUUUCUCCGGUUUCUCACCUAGAGCAAAAUGUUACCAAGCUUAAUUUGCAGGAGAUGGAUGUUUUCUGUUAUACUGAUUGCAGAUUCUCGUGGUGCUUAACCGUAUACCCUAUUCACUAGACUCCACUGGGUAUGCUCUGUGAAUUUGGAAUGCUGUGUUUGUAAGCCAUGUUUGGAUACAAGACCAAACCAAAAAGCUUCUCACCUCAGUCAAAGUUGAUCUUAUGUCCGAA